AUGUGGCUCUUACGAGUCUUUUCAUCGGCCUUGUUCCUCGCCGUCACUGUCUCGUCCAUCCCACUCGCCUUCGAUGUGGGCGGCAAGACAUGUGGCCUGGCCUUUUCGCUGUCCUUAGCCGCCUUCUAUUUCUUCCUCUCACUAUUGAAGGUCACCACCCCUGACCGAUCGUGGAUCCGAUCCUCUAUCAUCACCGUUCUCCGGUUCUCACAAUGGGCUGUCAUCUUGGUUCUUUUGAUUUGGUCGCUGAAUCGCUUCUCGGUCGAUUCAGAUAGCACCAACAUGGGAUGGGCAGAGCGCACAUUCAGCGGCAAGAGAGCACACGAUUCCUCUCUCCAGGAAUGGCUCUUUGGUCGUGACGGCCUGGUGGAAACUGUGACACUCGGCAAUUGGGACAGACUUCUGAGAUGGUCUACGCCUGUCUUCCAACUGGCGGAGGGCUUUUGCAGUUUAUUGGUGAUUCAGGCCGCUGGGCAAAUCACCCGCUGGCUGGUCAACCGAGGUGGGCGCAGCGAUAGCUGGAUGAUUGGUCUCCUGGUCUUGUCGGCCACCAUCAUCUCCAGCUCCGUUUACUUCCUCUGGCGUGUCUUGCAAUUCCCGGAGAUCUCCAAUGUCGACGCCGCUCUGAUUGGAGUCUCUAUCACAUGCGCUGUUAUUCUGUGCGCCUGGGGUAUCGGUAGUGGCCGUGGAAACCCCGUCGAAAGCUCUCUUCUCUUCGCCUACAUCGUCCUCUGCAUCUACCAGAUCUUCACCGAUUACCAGCCGUCGCACCCCGUGGAACAGAUUCCCUCGCCCUCACAAAGCGGAGACUUCCCUCCUUUACCUCCCAUUAUCAUGGCUUCAUAUACUCAACUCAUGCACGCGCUAUCCCUGCUGCCGUCAAUUAUUCACGCAGGAUUCAACGUUAUUACCGCAGUGUUCAGUGCUGUCACGCCCUCAGUCCUCAUCUCGCUCGCGUACCGCCUCCUCGUGCUGUAUGCAUCGACACGUAUCAUCCCCGCUGUCCGCGAGUCAGGCGCCCGUGCCCUCUCCCAAGAAGCUUCCAUAGACGACACCGAUGCAGCGGGUCAGGUUUUGGGCUUCCUGAGCUACUUUGCCCCGAGUAUCCUCAUCGCGGUCUACACCAGUCUGUUAAUGCAACACUUCGCAUCAACAUCACAAGCAAUGGGCGGCAGCGGCGAAUGGUGGAGCAGUCAUGGCAACGGUGGAGGCAACCCUUGGCGGUGGAUCAAUCUUGCCUGCACAAUAACGCUUUACGCGGUCGAGUUGUGGCUCGGGGAAAACGAUGAUCUCGACCACGGAGUGGCAGGCCACUGGAAAACCGACUGA